AUGGCGAGACCCUUCGACGAACCUGCGCCUCGCGCUGCGAGCGAUGCAGACACCGACAAAAACUCAUGCACCUGGUAUGAGCACGAGGAAACCGCCUCGCAGACGUGCGAGUCCUCGGUGGGCGAUGACAAGCCCGAGGUGUUGCCGCCGCUGUCUCGCGGCAAGGCCAUUGCUCUCGUCAUAACGUUGACGGGAGCGGCUUUUAUAAAUACCCUUUCGGCUCAGAGCGUCGUCAUUAUCCUCCCCGCCAUGGGUAAGGCCCUCGAUAUUCCGGACAGCCGACUGCAGUGGAUCAUAUCUGCUUACUCGCUUACAUUUGGCUGCUUCUUGCUGCUUUGGGGUCGUAUUGCGGACAUCUUUGGCAAGCGAUUCAUCUUCAUUGCCGGCUCGAUCUGGGUCACCAUUGCGACGGCCGUGAACCCGUUCAUGCCCAAUGAGAUUGCCUUUGACUUUUUCCGCGGACUACACGGACUGGGCGCUGCGGCGAAUGUACCCACAGCUAUUGGUAUCCUUGGUGUUACGUUUCCGCCCGGCAAGGCAAAGAACUAUGCCUUUGCAGCAUACGGAGCCGGUGCGCCACUGGGAAGCAUCUUUGGCUGCAUCAUCUCCGGCAUCAUUGCCCAGUACGCCAGCUGGAAGUGGGUGUUUGGCUUCACAGCCAUGAUGGCCGGUGCCAUCUCCAUUGCCGGCUUCUAUCUCAUCCCCAACACUGCAGAGUCGCCCAAGCUUGCGGCUGCCCUCAACGGCGGCGGCAUCGGGGCCAAGCUCAAGCUCGUCGACUGGACCGGCGGCGUGCUCAUCACCACCGCGCUUAUUGCGCUGCUCUUUGCCCUGACCGAGGGUAAUGUGGUGGGCUGGGACAAGGCUUGGAUCUCCAACCUCAUUCUUGUUUCCCUGCUUCUCAUUGCCGCAUUUUUCUUCUGGCAGCGCCAUCUCGAAAAGAGGCCCGAAGGCCGUCCACCGCUGAUGAAGGUCUCCAUGUUCAAGAACCGUCAGUUCUCGGCUGUCAUGGCCAUCAUGGGUCUCUUCUUCGCCUCGUUCAACAACUUCCUUGUCUUUGCGACCUACUACUACCAAGACUAUCUCGGGUAUGACCCGAUUCAGACCAUGCUGCGCUUCCUGCCGACAGGUGUUGGCGGCAUUUUUGUUUGCUUCGCGGUCGCAUUCUUGCUAAGCCGUAUCCCGACGGCAUUCAUGCUAAUCUGCGGUACCCUGUCGGUGACCAUCGCCAACUUGCUCUUUGCCGUCCCCAUUCCCAUCACCACGUCAUACUUUGCGUGGGGUAUGUGGGCUAUGCUGCUGUCUGUCAUCGGCUCAGAUAUUACCUGGCCAUGCCUCACAUUCUUUACCUCACAAGCGCUGCCCGCCGAAGAUCAGGCGAUUGGCGGUGCCCUCAUCAAUGCAUUGGGCCAGAUGGGUCGUGCUAUUGGGCUUGCCCUUGCCACUGCCGUGCAGACGGCUGUUCUGGCUAAGCAGCGCGGCGUGUCGGUCGAAGAGGUCGGGGCUGUCGAGGUGCUGGACUAUGCGUCGCUCGUGAGUAUUCGCAUUGCGAGCUGGUUCAAUUUCGGUCUGGGAGUUGCGUCGCUGAUUAUCGUUUGCAUCGCAUUUCGCAAAAUGGAAGUCAUUGGUAGGAUUGAACCGAAGCCUUCUUGCCCCUGCGGCGAAGACGGCAUUAGGAUGAAGGACGUUGGUACCGAGAGGCGCGCGCGGGUAUCGGAAUAA